AAAUGAGGAAACAAAACGGACGCAAGACAACGGCAAAUUACAGAAGGUUAUUAAGCGGAAUAGAGCUGCCCUGAACGUUAAGAGAGGGUUUGAGCUUCGAUAUAUAUAAGAAGGCUUUCGUGAAUCAAUAAAUCACAAGUGUCAGAGCAAGAGGAAAGAAUUUCGAAGUCGUCAAAGUUGGCAGAGUGACCUGUAGUAUUUAAAUGAGAGAAAAUACUAGACAUGACUGGACUGGAUGAAAAAUUCUUUUCUCCUGUUCAGAUAAAUAAAUAAAUAAAAAUUCUUUAAAAUCUUAACUGUUUUAACGGCCGCUUUGUUAAAAGUUAUAUGUUGGGCUCUCAUAUUUAUUAUAAGAAUUCAAAUUACUCAUAUUUCUUUUUCUAAUUAGGAGAAAUUGUCAAGAUGAUGAUGAAAACAAUCAUAGCUACUUUUCUGAUCUGCUUUGCUGCAGCUCUGCCUCGGGAUGAAGAAAACCCGUGGACGAAGUUGCUUGAUGAUCAGAUAGACAAUGAUGAACUGGACGUCAUUCAAAAUGACAAGAAGGGGAAGUAAGUUAAUAAUCUUGUGAUAGAGGACUUAAGUAGUCCAUUCACAGACGCAUACUGCCUUGCGUCACAAUUAACCUUUCUCACGGCUAAUUUCCCGCCAUUUCUGGCGGGGUACUGCCUCUCCCACGUUUGAAAGUCUCCGCACCACGAAAUACAACUUUUUAGUUGUUUGUAUAAUGGCCGAUUAAAAAUUCUCUUUCACGUUGUUUGAAUUGUCUAUAGAAUCUUUCUCGAGGGCAGACGACAAAUUACAUAAAAAAAUGCGGAUUUUGGCCUUCGUGAGGAAUUGUGGGGAAUUCGGGUGCAUUCUUCCCGAAAAAUAUUGAAUUUUGGGUCUCUGAAACGGCAUUUUCUGUAUAUUGUGGAGGAAUUUGGAGAAAACUCUUAGACAUAAAAUCACCUUUUCUAAAUCACGAAUCUAAAACUACACUCUGAAAGGCAAGAGUAACAUCUCAAUCUCGAAAAUGCCAAGGCUUCUUCGUAUCAAGGUUAUACGAACGGUUUAGCUUUUUUACAGGGCAAAACAGCGCUUCUUUAUAGAUUUAUCAGCGCUUUCUGCGCUAACUGACAAUAGUCCAACACGCGUACCCUUAUUAUUUUCACGAUCUUUAAUAUGUGUUGCUGAAAUUUUGCUUUAAGGUGGACCGAGAACAAUUGUUGCUACGUGAAAGGCUUCGUGUAUAAAAAGCAUCUUGUUAACAAGAAGUCCAAAUGCAUAAGAAGUCUGAAGGUCGAUGUAUCUCCAAAUAAAUUAAAGUUAGCAUACAGUAAGUUAUUAGGGAUUAUAUAAAUGGUGUACUUGUGUUUUGGAUAGUAAAGUGAAUAUUUAAAAAGCUGCAUACACUUAUGGCUGGAAUGCUGCCAAUUAUUCAAUGACGUGUGCAUAAUGGCGAAAUAAACACUUAAAAUAUUUUAGUAUACCAAAGUUAUCAGUCCAUUUCUUCAAUAUUUGAUAUAUACUGUAUGUAAAUGACCCAUAUAUAUACGUGAAUUAUUAUAGAUCUGAGUUACACACAUUCAUUUGCUCCUAUAGCCAUAUCUGUUUUCUCCUUUGUUAUUCAACUCUAAACGUUGGGAGCAUGCAUGUUCUCCAAAUUUUACUGCCUAUUUAUAGGCCAGGUGUUCUCGUGUUCGUAUUUUAGCCAAUCAGCGCUCAGAAAGGGUUGUCCGAAUAGAAAUCCAUUUUGAUGUAUUCAGUCAAUUAUAUCUUUCGUCAUUCUUUAUGAAACUGGUUGAAAUUUUGUAAUUAUGUUUGGUUAUGAGAACUAUAGCUCUGACAAAAAUAUGGAAUCGAAAUAAAUUAUAUUACAGGAGAUAUUCAGUUGUUUUAAUCACGAAAUGGAUUUCUAUUUGACAACUAGUGCCAGUACUUUUCCGCGUAUCAAGAUCAUCUGGUAAGCUAGCUAAAACAACCAUCAAUAUUUGGGAAAAUUAGAAAACAAGUAUCUUUGUAACGGUAAUUAGUUACAUUUUUUAUUUGCAACUAUAACCCAUACCGUAUUUACUCGUUUAAGCGCCGCGGCGCUCUUUAAAUUUUCAGAGCUUCAGAUGCGGCGCUCAUUCGGGGGCGGCGGUCAAUCGGGGGCGGCGCUCUUUAAAAAAUAUUUUAUUUGUGAAUUAUGACAAGAACUUUUAACUAUAAAGUAGACAAGUUUUAAAAGGUUUUUGUUACUAAAUGUCCCCAUUUUGACGGCUGAAAGUUUUUACUGCACUGUUUAGUGCGGCGCUCAUUCGGGGGCGGCGCUCUUUAGAAAAAAUUGAUCUCAAAUGCGGCGCUCAUUCGGGAGCGGCGCUCAAUCGGGGGCGGCGCUCAAACGAGUAAAUACGGUAACUAUAGUCCCUUUUCUGAGCAUGUAACUGCAACUAAUUGUAACUGUUACUAAACAUGACGUACUUUAACAGAACCACGUAUAUCGAAUGGACUGUCCGGUAGAACCAAGCGCCCUUUCUACCUUUUUCUAACAGGAGCAAGAGAGGGGGAAAUUCCAGUAUAAUAUAAUAAAACAAAGAUUUAGUACCUUAUAAGAUAACAACAUUAAAUAUGAUACAAGGGAAUUGCAAAUGGUAAGUUUAAUUCACGAAUACGCAAGUAAAUAACUAAGACACAAUUGUUUAGCGAACUCUCUCUAGAAAAUGUCAGAAAUGCAUUCGUCGAGCUUCAAAGCGGUAAGCAUUUUCGGAGGAUUACCCUUUACGAAUUUAAGGAUGCUGUAAUUGCAAUUACUGAGUAGUGAUUGAAGAUCAUUUUAACAUUGAAGUUCAAAUUCAGGUAAAAUCCCUUACCACCCUACAUGUACAUCCCGACUCGAGAUGCUUCCCUGAAUAUACCGCAUGUCAAUUAAUUUAAAAAGUGCCUCUCUACAAAAAUCCACCGUCCCCAUGCCGUUUUGUCGUUCCUGGGUACAUUCAUUUUUAUUUUAAUUAUGUGGGAAUAGGCACAAAUUAUUGGUGUUUCUGCAUACUUCUUAUAGAACAGCAUCUUGACAGUACAACUACAGAUCUUGGAGGGAAUUUGAUCUUACAUAAUGGAAUUUUGUACGAAGCAACUAAAGCACCGAAGCGAUGCCGUCAAGUUUAAAGCACCAUGCUUUCAAAAAGAGUAAGUAACGAGUACUUGUAUGGAGACGGCACCGACAGGUGUACCACUUCAAAAU